UCUCUCCCUUUUUCUUGCCAGCUUCGCACUGCUUUGCUUAGACGCUGGUACACUACAUUCAAAAUAUUAAAAUGACAAGAUUGCAGAAUUUAAACGCUUAUUUAACUGAGCGUUUAAUGGUGGCAGCUCGAGAGAUACUAGAAGUAGUGGGAAAUACGAUUUCGGAGUACCAGAAAGAAACUGCUCGAACGAUUAAGGAAAACGAGGAACUUCGACGGAGGCUUCGAGAGAUCGGGGUCCAAGCAAAUCUUGAAUUUUUGGAUGAUGCCCACCAUGUUGCUCCCCUCGUCUCCAUUGGAGCGGCUCCUCAAGGUCAACAACCCCAUGAGCAACAGUGUAACUCCGGCCUGGAGGAGGAGAGGGAACCUCAGCAGACUGACAUUAAGCAGGAAUUCCCCGAGCAGCAUGAGAGCAAACCAGAGCAGGGAGUCGUGGACCUGAACAAGCAGGCAUCAGCCCUCACGUGUACUGAAAAUCCUUCUGAACUCAGGAUCCUCCAAACCUCACUUCCUUUUGAGGAGAACAAUGAAGAAGUGGGGUGUCUUCCUCAUAUGUUACCUGACCAGAUUAAGUCUGAGCCGGAUGAACUGGAUUACAGUAUACAAAAACAAUCCAUUGCCUCACAGCCACUAAACAGAGUAAAUAAUAACAGUAAUACUGCUGAAAGUAAAAACUGUGCAGAAAGAAACUGGAUGGACCAUGGUGGAGUAAUGCCAGAGCCUAAUGACCAGGACUCCAGUAGAGAAGUGAGUAUAGUUUCCUGUCUCCGAUGUGGCAGAACUUUCAGUAAGUUGAGUGAUCUCAAACUGCAUUUGUUGGUUCACGAAAGUGAGAGACAGUAUACCUGUGCUACAUGUGGGGAGAGUUUUAAAAAACAGGCUCAGUUAAAACUGCAUGAGGGAACUCACUCGGGAAAAGAAAAAAACUGCUGCAGCGUGUGUGGAAAAUCCUUUGCCUAUUUGGGGAAACUGAAGGCACACCUGCGGAUUCACACUGGAGAAAAACCCUUCGGAUGCACGGUUUGCGGAAAGCGAUUCACCCAGUCAGGACACAUGAAAGAACAUCUGCGAGUCCACACAGGGGAGAAACCAUUUGGCUGCCCCUACUGCGGGAAGCGCUUUAUUCAGUCAAGUCAGUUUAAAAGACAUCUAGCUAUUCACACUCGUUAGUGACAGUAGGGCAUUUGUUUGGGGCCCAUUAUUCCACCUCUUUGCUGUGCUGGUCAACCCAUUAGGAGACAAAUACAGUCCCCUCGGGUGCCAUCUUCUGAGGGGACAAAAGAAGAUUUCAUGGUAGCCAUGUGGAGCAUGGUGCACAAAUAUUUGUGCGCAUGUAUCCAUAUAUGGUGAGAUGACAGUAAAUGUGCAGGCUUUCUUCUGACGGACGCCUGGGCCCAGUUGUUCAAAAGUAAUCCAGUGGGAUUUCAGAUAAUGGAUUGGAUUGAAUCUUGAAAACGGGUUGUUCAAAGGGAAAAGAGGGAUUCUGAAAUCAGAUCAGAUCACCUAAUCCAAUAUCGGUUUUAAUCUGGAUCAGAGCUUCACUUUGUGUUGUUCGAAAGUUUGUGUUUGAAUUGGGAUAUGUUUGAUCCAAAAAAUCAGGAUAACCCUGAUCCCAACAUAAGGGUGGAUUUCUGGCACAAAAUUAAAUAAAACUUGAAAAUUGAUCACAAAAGCAAUGUUUGCUGAUGUAUAGAUUAAUUUAUAUUUUGUACAAUUGUUGAACUAGGACAGUGGCAGUGAAAAUAAAGUAGGAAAUAAGACAUGAAGCCUUUCGAUAUACUGUAGUCGAGGGGAAAAAAAUCCUUGUGAGAGAUCUGUACUCAAGCACAAUAUCAAAGCAAAAAGUUCUGCUAUCCAUUGCAUUUUAAUGAAAAUGACAAUAAUUACUAGGGGUGUCAUGAGAUCUUGCGAUAUUACAACAUGACUAGAUUUCUCGUCAAAAUGAAAAACGAUCUCGCAAAGGCACUGCAAAUCAGCUGCUGUAAGCAUGUCGGCGUCUGACGAAAUUACCAUAGUAGAUGCCCCAGACACUUUUAAAUCUUUUGUGUGGCAGCAUUAUGGGUAUCUGCCGGAAAUAUAUAAACGGGGAAAGGGUGACAGACAAAACACGAACCAUCUCUAGGCAUUGUUGGAAAAUAAUGCCGUACACAGCGGCUAACGCUACUUUGCAAAGCCAUAUACAGCACCAUCAUAACUCUUUUUAUUUAAAUGAUACCAAGAAAAGCUUUGUUUAUUUAUAUUGUUUUAUUUAUAUUCUAUUAUGUUCAAUUAAGAAGUGAAAUAGCAGAGAAGCCUGUCAUUUGAGUUUGUGGUGAAAUAUUUUAUGGUGUUAGAUAUUUGUUCUGUUCUUUACUGCAUAUGAUGAUGGUGAUUAUUUAAAACAUUUCACCAUACAUCUGCAGCACUUAGCAUUUUUUGUCUUUCAAAUUAAUCAAAUAAAUGGCUGCUUUCCAGUAAUAUAUAAGGAAGUUUUCCUUAAAAUAUUGUUAAAAUAUUAUGUUCUCGCGAACCCAAUAUCGUGUCUCGUCUCAUGGGCUUAGUAUAUCGUUACACCCCUAAUAAUUACUAUUACUCAAUUCAUCAGUCAGAAGUAAUGUCUUACAGUUGCAUCCCUAACCGCAUGGCCAGUCUGUCCCUCUUUUGGAGAGAACAUUGGAGGUUGCUUUGGUUUAUUGUGGUUUUUUCUGUUUGUUCAAAUUAAAACACAUAAUGGCUAUUUGUGGCCACUGGUAUUUUAGGUCUACUGUACCUGUUGUUCUUGACAGAGCCAGUAGGCUACACUGUGGGUUCCAUUUAAUGCACUAAUAAACCGGAUUUGGUAAUCCUGAAAAUUCUGUAUUUGGAUAACAGUGAUCCAGUGUUGCUUUGGAAAAACCAGCAUAAAAGUAAAAUGGAUUACCAAAUCCUCGAUCGCAAAACAAGGGAUUUCAAAAUCCGGAUUACUUUGAUCUGGAUUAAAUUGAUUGAACAACUGGGCCCUGAGUGAUUAAAGCAUAUUGAAUGUUAAUGUGAUUGGUUGAGAGUGUUGUAUCAUGAUGAGCUGUAUGUAUCAAGAAAAUACAAGUGUGGGGAAUCUUUGGGGUGUGGAAUAUGGGUUAUGGCUUCUUGCGUUUCCUUGCAUUGCUUUUUGAGCCUCAAUAAACUAUCCUCAUUCUA